AACAGUGUUGUUCUCUUUCACAGUUUUUACACCUACGCAAGUUACCAAAAUUAACAUGUUCUGUAAUCUAUAUUUUGUUUAACACCUACAGCAAAACAUAUUUUUACAACAGAAAAUGUCAUAUUUGCUGGAAAAAAUGAGAAUUAAUGUUACUGGUGCUGUCUAAUUUACAAGAGCCGGCCCAUAAAAAAGAAAUUAACAGGAAUGCAACACCCACGCGCAAAGACUGACUCUGCCCCGCAGUUAAUGCAGUAGUUAUACAAGUAUGAGACAAACAGGACAUCACUUUCCCCUGAGGGAUUUCAGUGUUCAUUCAUAGAUUUACAGGCAAGGCUGAGCAGGAGCCCUCACUUGCGUAAGCAGCGUUCAGGAAUGCUGGGACUCCUUCCAGUUCUAAAGCGUUACGCAGCGUUUUGUCAGAGGUUUCUGCAAAACUGACUCCUGAAAUACCAGAACAUUUGUCAUCUAUGUCUGCAGGAGAGGGGUGAGAGAGGGGAGGAGCGAAGCAGUGGGAAGAAGAGACAGAUUUUAGAGAUAUUAGAGAAGGAUACAGUUUGACUUAAAGGGGAAAGAAAACUGUUUUUGCUGAUUGUUGCUGUAUCCUGAAGCCUCGUGUGAUCUGUCACUUUCGCUGUUCCACCAUGGGCCAGCGUUCGACACUGGGAAGCCUGCUGUUUUGCCUCGGGCUGUAUGGGAUCUGUACAGGAUUUCAACAGGAGAACUGUACCAACUAUAAUCUCCAGUUUGAGAGGGUUUUCUCUGUUCCCGGGGACGUGGCUAUGCUGAAUAGCACCUUAGUGUCGCCGUAUGUCUUCAACUUCACAUCUAUCCCUUACGACAUCAGCUGGUACGACUCAAAGACGGGCCGAGAAAUAAGGGAGCAGACCGGUCGAGUCCUGGUGCGCGGGACGACUCUGUGGUUUCUUAACAUAACGCUGGAAGACGAUGGCGAAUAUGUGAGCAUAGUGAGAACCCCCUAUUGGUGCUACAGGCAGGCCACCAAGCUGGUAGUGGAGCUGCCCGUUGCUGGAGAGUGUGGACGGCCCAGAAAAGCUCGUCAAAUACUCACGAUGGGAGUAAAUGACAUCCUGAGCUGCCCUCUGAGGGACUACAUCGGUAAACUGGACAGCUACAACAUCACGUCCUCCAUCAAGUGGUACAAAGAUUGUGAGCCCAUAGUGGACGGAGUAGGCACGUAUACCUACAUGGAUCCAACCACACUGAAGAUCAUCGGAGUGGACCCUAAACACAACUCCUCCUACACCUGUACCCUGAGCUUCACUCUCGGCGGCAUAACAAGAUCUGUGUCCGAGACCAUUUCUGCAUGGGUGUCAGAUAGGUACACUUUGAUUCCAGAAGUGCACGAACCAGCCAAUGAAACAAUCAAGGUAGCAAUAGGAUCCAAUUUCAGCAAGCCAUGCCGGGUGUUUGUGCCGUGUGUCGGGGAUCCCUUUGUCGACAUCGCUUGGGUGAUCAGAAACAAGUUCAUCCUCGAUACCGACCCCUCUCACCGUAUCUACACGACAAAAGAGCGUUUGUGGCACCAGGAUGAACCUAAAAAAGGUUUAUGGUUGGAGCAGGUCCUCGUGAUUUCUGAGCUGUGGGAGGAGGAUCUCCACACAAACUACACAUGUCGAGCGUACAGCGCCAGGGGCUUGCCAGUGGGCUACUUUACUCUCCUACCAGAGGAUCCCAACUACUUGCUCCUCAUUGGAUCAGUGCUUGGUACUGCGACAGUUCUCUUCAUCACCAGCGUCAUCAUCUGCUACCUUUUUAAGGUGGAAAUCGUGCUGUGCAUCAGGGAAGCAUUUCCAUACCUCUAUACAAACAAAGAUUUGGAUGGGAAGUUGUAUGACGCAUAUGUGGCAUACCCACAGUCCUGUGCCAUCGGAUUUAGUGAAGACGUGGAGACGUUUGCCCUUCAGACUCUACCUGAGGUGCUGGAAAAGGCCUGCGGUUACAAACUCUUCAUAGCAGGCCGUGACUGCCUGCCGGGGGAAGCCAUAGUGGACUCUGUGGAAGAGAACAUUCAAGCCAGUCGCCGCCUCCUCCUGCUCUACAACGCCUCGACCUUCACCAGCAAAAGACACACAAGCAGCACCAGUAGCAAUAAUAACAACACCAUCACUAAGAGCAGUGACAGCAGCGAAAACAGUAAAAGCCAGAAAAACGAGAGUUUUGACGACAGUGUAGAAGUCUAUCCAGACACAAGGCAGCAGCUGGAGUUGUUGGCGGGGAUGCACAAAGUGCUGCUGGAGAAAUCUCUCAAGGUGAUUCUGGUUGAGAUGGAAGAGAUCAGCCCCGCUCAGCUGGCUCUCUUCCCAGAGUCAGUGCGUCACCUGAGGAAGAAGCUGGGCGCCGCGUGUUGGUGGAAGAGCCUGAGGACGGAGCGAAGGUGGAGGACAUGCACGAGGAGGAGCGAGGACGAGGAGAAAGGUGGACAGGACACACAGCUGUCACCAUCUCUCUCCCCCUCCUCCAAGUUUUGGAAGGAGAUUAGAUAUCGUAUGCCGGUGAAGGGCAAGAGGGCGAUGUACCCCGAGAAGAUUUCCCUGCUAAAUUCAUGAGCUUAUGAACCGUAGAGCCGCUGGUUUCCAAUACAGAUGUGUGUGGUGGUGAAUCCUCACACACACAUAAAUACUGUAAUCUAUCAGAAGUUGUGAGGAACGCAUGCAGGGUUACAACACAGCCGCGUGAAAAGUGACCCUCAGCACACAACUGAUGGCAAAAGCUCCAUAAAUGCACCAUGCAUGUACAGUAUAUAAGUGAUGCCAAAAGCUUGAAAAUGCUUUGUUCAAAGACUCGACGUCAGCAGAUCAUGACAGUGAUUGGACUAUUCGAGUUUGCCUGCAUCAGAAUAUGAACUGUUGACAUUUCCAGGCAGGUGGAGACUUAAGAGUAGAAAGAAUAAUGUUGUCAAAGAUGGACUGAUCGAAUAAAAUGUGUAAAUUAUACAUAUGUAAGAUGGAAGGUGUAAAUACAAAAAAAAAAGCCUACUGUGUCAUGAGAAAUCACGGCGCAAAGUGUGAGCUUUGCAUUUCAUGAACUGCCAUUUAUUUACCAUUAUUGAACGACAGAUAAGGCACGAUAAAGAGAAGUCACCAUACGUUUCUGCAAACCACAAAUGUUACACUUGCACGUUUCAUACGUAUCAUAAUGUUUCUAAAGCAGCGUAGUAUAUGAGCUGACUUUGUCAUCUGGAGGUGGACGCCUGCCAAGCUACAGAUCACUGUUCAAUACAAGAAAAACUAAACCAGUUGUGAUUUACCUAGUCACAGUGUUUCCAGCAGCUUUUUAGGCACCAAACGUGAGUGUUGCUGUGUUUUCUGCCAGGAUAUUGGCCAAAAAACUGCGAGAAAUUGUUUUUUUUUCGGCAGGGAUUGUGCCCCCAAAAGCAGUUGUUUUUUUAUUGAGACACCACUGCUCUUCCAGCUGUGAUUGGUACUAACCAUAACUAAGUGGUUGUUAUGUCUAAACCACCCGUUAACCACAGUGUUGUACAAACAGAAAGUUUACAUGUACCUCCUACAUAAUAAAGUGCAAAUGUAACAUACAAUGCCAAAAUUUGUCCUGGCCAUUAAGUUUAGGAAAUUGUUUAUGAAAAAUGUAUUUAUUUUUAUUAAAUGUUAUUUUUACGGCACAUUUCAUACAACAAAGCACCACAAAGUGUUAAAAUGUUGUUAGCAGUCUGCAAAAAUGUGCACUGAAUGUGAACUGCCAUCAGGGCUUCACUGUUCUGUCAAUAAAUAGAAAUUUUGCAAAGUACUUUACUUUUCUUAUUUUUCACAAUGAACUAAUAAAUCAUACUUUGGAAAGCA